AUGACGUCUUCCCGGACCCGCCUGUGCGAGAAAGCACGCGAUAGAAAGCCAUGCCGGGACGCAGUAGUCAUACCCUAUCGAUACAACCCCAAGAGAGGCUCUCCAGGCCGUGACGACACACCAUCCCCGAUAAACCCACCAACUCCUACUGGGAGUGGAACAUACCUAGUUCAAACACGCCGCCCAUCGGGCAGUGGCAGUCGCCCUUCCACUCGGGAUGGCCAACGACCUAUCAGCACCGAGAUUAUCAUUGGGUUUGGUUCCAAGAAAGAUAAAACUAAAAAAUACCCAUCGAUCUCUGUCUCCAGCAAACCAUUUGAUCGGUCUUCUCUCGGCUCCAGGGGAUCUCACGAAGCAGUCAUUGAGCCGGUAGGCUCCGAUGCCUCAUACCCUCUACGAACAGGAUUUCCUGAGGCACCUCUGCCUCCAACGGCAAAUUUUGACAACCCCAAUAACUAUCUUGCCACUCCCGCCAUUUCCUACGGAUAUCGUCCGUCGCAUGUUCCGUCAGCAUCUUCCAGCCAAACACCAUCGCUCUAUGCAGACGAUGAUCCACCUGCUAGGCCGAGGAGCUCAAGAUAUCCUGCCACUGUCAUCCACAACCCGCCUCCUGCCACUCCAUCCUCGCCGUCUCAGCGCCCGACUGGAAUGUCAUCUGGCUCAUACCGGACCUCAAAUGUCGCUCCACGAGACUCCUACCAGAACCCACUUGACAACGACGUCUUUGCCGACAACUCCUCAUACAGUGGCUCAAGUAUGCCUGAAGUCAAUCGUCGUUCCAAGAACGGUGACGAGCGACAAAGACAGCCCAAAUCUAGCCGACGUCAAGAGGAGUCUGAGCGACAGGCAGCUGAAGAAGCUGCGAAAGCUGAAAGGGAGAACGAAAGGCAUGUGCGUUUCGAACUUGGCCGUGCAGACAGUCGCGCGAAGGAAAGGGCAGAAAAGCACCUAGCUGAGAAGGAAAAGGACCGGGCAGUAGCUAGAGAGGAGUCUCGCCGUCUCAAAGAUGAGGAACGGCGUCUCAAGGAAGAAGAGCGUUUGCGACAAGAGCAGAAGGAUCUCGAGAAGGCAGCGAGAGACCGGAAAAAGGAGCGGUCGAAGCCUCCAACAACCGACUACUCAAGCAAACGACCAUCUGCAGGACGCAGAAUGUCCUCAACCAUGACGCCAGCUCAGCUAGCAGACCAGCAACGCCUGAUCGAAUUCGAGAAGGCGCAGAUGCGUAGUGAGAGGCAGAUUGCAGAAGCCAGAGAACGAGAUGAAGAACUGGCGGCAACUCUCAAGAGCCAACAGGAGAAACCUGGCUACUGGGACCCGCGUGGCGGGGACCGCUCGCUUUCAAAUCGACGAGAGUCAAUGACUCGCCACGAUAGCGUUACCUCGCGUCCAGCCGAGUUGGGUCGAACUCCCAGCAAGCGUCGCACAAGCAUCUCGCAACCAAACCCUACAGCAUUUGAUACCCAAGUGCCUGCAGAGACAUACCGACCUUCUAGUUCGAGAAAACGUGCGCCUCCACCGUUGUCGUUUCCGAAGAACUUUAACCAGGAAUACGCUACUAGGCCGUCGUCAUCUAGACGCCCUUCGUCCAGCGGUCAGGAGAAUCCCUUCGCAGCUUCGUCUAUGAUGUCGCCUUCCGUAACAUCGCAAGAUCCAUGGGACUUGCGCAACGUCGAAAGUGCGCUCCCGACCCCUCGGUUGCAGACUGAUAGCCGUUACGGUACGACGCAGCCUCAAAGCUAUGUCGAUCCCUUCGCAACAGAUUCUGACAGUCCGUCGGGUGAUUACAUCCAGCCUGCUUAUGCUUCGCGCACAGGGCUGAGUCGUAAAGGAUCGAAGAGGAAGCACUGA